AGAUAGCUUCAUGGAGCAUCCAACGCUCUACCAGAAUGAGGCGUUUCAUUACAUUGAAUACUUGGUUUGUAGAUACAGUAAAUCUAUUUGUCUAUUCACAAUUCAAUCCUUGGAUAUUAAUGUAUAUGCUUAUGUAUCUUUAUAUAAAUGUCAGUCUCGUUACGUAUCUUUUUAUCUGUAUGAUCUUAGGCCCAUUGCUUAUCAUUUCUGCCUUAUCAGAAGCUUCAGUGUGCUGUUAGCUGGCACUCUUGCAAGAUAUACAAGAUAUUAUUUCUGUUCUUUUCAGUGCAAUUAUGGCAGAUAUAUACUAUGUUGGAGUUGAUGUUGGUACGAGUAACGUCCGUGCAGCUCUUGUCAGGCACACUGGUGCUGUUGUUGGAAUUCACAGUGUCCCUAUCACUGUCUCUAACCCCAAGCCUGACUAUUAUGAGCAAGACUCCAAUGAAAUAUGGCAAGCUGUAUGUCAGUCAGUGAAGGCUGUAACCUGUGAUAUAGAAGAAAAGUCCCAGAUUCAGGGUUUGGGCUUCACUGCAACAUGUUCUCUAGUAGUAUUGGAUAAGGAUCUUGAGCCCAUUGCUGUCAGUCCUGGUAAAAACAACUUCAAUAUAGUGAUGUGGAUGGAUCAUAGAGCAAAGCAAGAAGCUGAAUUUAUCAAUUCCCAGGAUCACAAUGUAUUGAAAUAUGUGGGAGGGAAAGUGUCACUAGAAAUGCAGACUCCCAAGCUCCUUUGGCUAAAGAAGCAUAUGAAAAACACAUGGGCUAUGGCCGCCCACUUCUUGGACUUGCCAGAUUUCCUGACCUUGAAAUCCACAGGGCAGUUUUCGAGGUCACUGUGCUCAUUGGUAUGCAAGUGGACGUACAUGUGUGAUGAACAGACUCAGGGAUGGGACUACAACUUUUUCAAAGCCAUUGGAUUGGAAGAUUUAGCUGAUGAUGACUGGAACAAAAUUGGAAAGGUUGUGUUGGCCCCGGGAACCCAGUGUGGCAAGUUGUCAGCAGCUGCAGCUCUUGAGUCGGGACUUUCAGAGAGUACACAUGUUGCAACAUCUAUUAUAGAUGCUCAUGCAGGAGGCCUUGCUCUAUUGGCUGCCGAUGCUACGUCCAAGAAAAAUCUCAUUGGUAGAUUAGGUCUAAUCUGUGGAACAUCAACAUGUCACAUGUGUGUGAGUGUAGAUCCCAUAUUUGUACCGGGUGUUUGGGGACCUUACUACAGUGCAAUGAUUCCUGGCUGUUGGCUUACUGAGGGUGGACAGAGUUCAACUGGUAGCCUUAUAGAUCACAUUAUAAAAAGUCAUCCCGCUGCUAAGGAAUGCACAGAUAAAAAUGUCUAUAAAUGGCUUGAAGGGAUAUUGGAAGAAAUGGCAGACAUGAACUUCGUGUCUAGUCCCACAUACCUCACUAAGGAUUUACACGUAUAUCCAGACUUCCAUGGCAACAGGUCUCCUCUGGCUGACCCUUCCAUGAUGGGAAUGGUAUGUGGUCUCACUCUGGAUUCAAGUAGCAAGAGUUUGGCAUUGCUGUAUGUUGCAACUCUGCAAGCAUUGGUUUAUGGGACUCGACAAAUUAUAGAGCAGCUAACAACCUCCGGUCACAACAUUACUUGUGUGUUAUUGUGUGGUGGACUCUCCAAAUCUCCCCUCUUCAUCAGUACUCAUGUCGAUGCCCUUGAUGUUCCAGUGCUCAUUCCUGAUGAAACGGAGUCAGUUUUACUUGGAGCCAGCAUGCUUGCAGCAAGUGCAUCUGGCAACUAUUCUGAUGUCACUGCUGCAGCCCUGGCAAUGGGAGGGACAGCUCGGAGCUAUAGACCUGAGAUAUUUAGGAAAAGGUACCAUGACCAAAAAUAUGCAGUGUUUAAAAAGAUGCAAAUUGACCAGAAGGAGUAUAAAGACAUCAUGCAUGUGUCUAAAUACACUGUGCAAAGUGGUGGUGAUGAUGAUGAUAAGAGCUUAAACAGUCCAUGAAAAGUAACCAGUAAGAGCUCAAACAGUCCAUGGAAAGUAACCAGUAAGAGCUCAAACAGUCCAUGAAAAGUAACCAGUAAGAGCUCAAACAGUCCAUGGAAAGUAACCAGUAAGAGCUCAAACACACCAUGGGAGUGACUAGGAGGACCUCAAACAUAAUACGAAGAUUGAGCAGGUGGAGUACAAACAUGUUAAGUGGCUUGGAGACGUACAUACACUAACCGUAUCAUUUAACAUUAUCAGAAGGAAUAAAAACAUGUCAUGCAAAGUGGGAGGAGCACAAACACUGCACAGAUAGCACAUAAUAUCAUGAAGGCCAUAUUAAUGUACAUGCCACCCAGGAAAGAACUAGAAAACAACAAAACUAACUUGUAGUUUAAGAGACGGUACAAGGUGGCCAAAUCAGAAACAAUAAGGUUUAGAAAAAGUACCAACAACAGAGUGCAAAGGCAGAGGCACAAAAGACUGCUAGAAGUUAAUACAAUAGGGUCUGGAGGGACACCAAGAGUCUGUUUGAAAAUGACAGUGGCUAAAAACAAAGAGCAGUCAUGCUAUGACAUGGCUUUACAAGCUGAAAACACUAAGGGACUAAAUUAUUAGACUAAUAAAGGAUGUAAAUGUCCUCACCAAAAGCAACAGGGAGGUCUGCAAAGAACUCAAUAUAAUAUUCUAGAUCAAGCUAGAGUGGAUGGCUGGCACAGUUUGUUUGUAGGAUGAAAGCCAUAUUAUGGAGAAUAUGGUAGUAACGGAGGAGGUAAAGAAAUACCUGAAAGAAUUAGAUGUACGCAGAACAGUAGGACGAGAAUAGAUUUUACCAUGGAUAUUGAAAAGGCAGCAGAAUACUAUGUAGCCCUCUGACUAAGAUCUACAAUGUGUCAUUAACAAAUAAGGACUAACCAGAAUUAUGCUAGAUUCCAACUGGUUCCCAUAUUUAAGAAAAAAUACACACAUGUAGUCAAACCUCUAUCACGGACCUGUAUACAGUACUAUUUAAAAUAAUAGUGGAGAUAAUCAGGAGAGAAUUCUGGAACAUCUGGAAAGGAUUAACUUUGAAACUGAGAGACAACAUGGUUUUAGAAAGAGAAAGGCAUGCCUCAAGAACUUGAUCACGUUUUAUAAAGUUGCCAAGAUAUGGCCAUAGAGAGAAUGGUGACUGGAUUACAUCUUUCUGGAGUGCAUGAAAGCCUUUAAUGUUGUCAUCCACAACCUGCAACUUCAAAAACAGUCAUAGUAAGUAUAGCAAAGAAUCAAGUUAAGGAAACAAAGCUGCUGAAAAAACAUUAUAAAGUUCUCUUUCUCCAAAUACAGCAGAGUGGUAGACGGUUGGAACAAAUUAGGUGAGAAUGCGGUGGAUGCCAAAACUUAGUUUCAAAGCAUCAUAUGAUAAGAGUACUAGAAAGAUGGAACUCCACAAGUGUAGCUUUCAUCAUGUAAUUACACUUAGCUGAUUACUUGAGCAAUUACAAGUUGGAAAGUAGGCUGGGGUAACUGAGAAAAUACUAAUUUAAUUCUUGACAUUCCAUAAAAAAUUCAACAUUAUGCUUAAUGAUAACUUUGAGCAGAUUUUUAACAUAUUAAAAAUAUUAGGCAUUCCAUGUUUUGUGAUUCAAUAAUAGCAUCUAGUUUUAGUGCAUAUGUAUUGUAUCUUGAUAUAUAUUAAAAAGGUUUCAAAUGUG